AGAGAAAAAUGAAGAAAACCCGACUGGUUUCUCUGUUGGCCUUGGCAGUGUAAAUUUGUCGUUUGUCGGCGUCGAACCCUCAAGGAAAUUGGUGAAGAUUCCUUUGGUUUCCUCCAGCCGAUACUUUGUGAUUUGAUUUGUUCGCCUGCUAAAGAAACGAGAAUGACAACAAUGUUACACAGAAAAUUCUGGGCUGUAUUUUGUCUGUUAUUUUCACUCACUUGCAUCACUUCGGCUACCGAAAAAGCAGAAUUCAUCCCAAAUGAUGGCGAUGUGGAAGUGGUGGACGGCCGAGGAGGAAACUACAAAUUUAUCGAAGAAGAUGAAGUUAUUAUUCUAACAAGAGAAAACUUUCAUUAUUUCAUCAUGUCGAGACCAGCAGUCCUCGUCGAAUUCUAUGCCCCUUGGUGCGGACAUUGCAAAGACUUGGCUCCAGAAUAUUCCAAAGCUGCAGAAACGCUCAAGAAAGAAAAUAUUCCGCUAGCCAAAGUUGACGCAACAAAAGAAGGCGAAUUGGCAGUAGAAUUUAUGAUUACUGGUUACCCAAGCUUAAUUUUAUUCCGUGAUGGUAAGAAAACGGACCAGUAUCAAGGAGAACGCAACGCAUUCGGUAUCAUCGAUUACAUGAGGGAGAAAACUGAUCCUAACUGGAAACCCCCAUUGCCUCCGGUCAUCGAACUCACAUCAGAAAAUUUUGCGAAAACUAUCAACGAAGCCAAACUGAUCCUUGUACAGUUUUAUGCUCCCUAUUGCAGUCACUGCAAGCAGAUGCAACCUGAAUAUGAAGCGGCUGCCAGGUCGCUGUCAGAGUACGGCAUUCCGUUGGCCAAAGUCGACGGAACCGCCGAGAAGGCGUUGGCGGACAGUUUCCAGAUCACCGGAUAUCCGCAAAUGCGUGUCUUCCGCAAAGGACGCGUUUUCGAAUACAAAGGGCCGAGGGAGCACAGGGGAAUCGUUGAUCACAUGAAGGAACUUGCCCGUCCGGCCUCGAAAAUCGUCAGCUCGUUGGGAGAACUAAAGAGCGCGAUGGAUCGCACUGAAACGACUGUCGUGGGUUUCUUCUCAUCCAAGUCUACAUUGUACGAGGAAUUUAUGGCAGCUGCGGAAGAAAUGAGAGGAAUUUUGACUUGUCUCCACACAUUUGAGAAAGAAAUUUGGACCCACUACAAAGUCAUUCCCGAUACGAUCGUCGUUUACCAACCAGAAGUUUUCCAGUCUGAAUACGAGAAAUCUUCUCACGAAUUCCUUCAACUUAAAGCCGUAGGCAAUGCAAAUGAUAUUGUCAAUUUCGUCAAGGAGAAGAGCGUCCCGCUUGUGGGCCAGCGAACCAAACGGAACGAGGCGUUCAAAUACUCUACAAAGCCGUUGAUUGUCGUCUACUUCGAUGUCAACUUCGAUCACCAGUACGUCAAAGACACGCAAUUCAUCCGCAAGAAAGUUCUGGAGGUGGCCAAGAUAUUCCAGAAGAGCAACGCGAAAUUCGCCAUCAGCAACGAAGACGAGUACCUCGAGGAACUACGGGGGCUCAAUUUGGCUGACGUCAACGAGGAUAUCAAAGUGGCGGCGUUCGACGGCCAGAAGUUUAGGAUGGAGCCCAUGGACGAAUUUGAUCCGGAAGAGGUGAAGGAAUUCAUCGAUUUGCUAUCGAGUGGAAAAGGCACUCCGUACUACAAAUCGCAACCAGUGCCCAAGGUGCAAGAAGGCCCAGUUCUGACUGUCGUCGCCAAUUCGUUUGCCAAAGAGAUUCUCCAGUCUAAGAAAGACGUUCUGAUUGAAUUUUACGCUCCGUGGUGCGGUCACUGCAAGGCCCUGGAACCGGAAUACAAGAAACUCGCCAAAAAGAUGAAGAAAUCCAACCCCAAUUUGAUCUUGGCCAAGAUGGACGCGACAGCCAACGAUGUCCAUCCCAUUUUCGGUCAAAUCAAAGGCUACCCUUCGCUUUUCUUCUUGCCCGUCGCUCACAAACAAUCGCCAGUUCCGUACACGGGCGGCGAAUUCACGUACAAAGCGCUCAAGGCUUUCAUCGAUCAGCAGGCCAGUGUCAUUCUGACAGACGAAGAGCGAAUGGGUUUGCCCAGCUCAAACUCGGAGGAUUCACCGACAGAAUCUCCUGAAAAACACAAAACCGACGAGCUGUAGUGUUUGCUACAGCUAAUUUUACACGUUGUUGCGUUUCUAUUGAAGUUUGCUAUUGUUUCUAUCGCCCUGUUGUGUGCCUUGUGUUAUUUGAUUUAACUAUUUAAAAGUAUAUGUGUUCAAUUGUUUAUCGGGCUUGACGGAAAGCCAAAUAAAAAAUCAAAAUGAACAGCUAAA